AAAAAAAAAAAAAGGAGGAGGAAGUCCGCUUUACGGUACCGCGAUGCGUUUGAGGCUGCCGCGGCGAGACAAACACUCUCUCGUGGGACCAACAAUCUUCACCGUCGACUCCAAGAUGCCAGUGAGCGCUCGCUAAACUCCGCCUCCCAUCAUGGACGCCAAGAAGCCGAGCGUGCUGCAGCAGCUCCGCCGCAAGAUGCUGCGGCGGGACAAGACGGGCGUCAGACGUCACCUGCAGCCCGCCGACCACCGCCUCAGCUCCUCCGUCCCCGACGUGAGGAACGUGAAGCAGGACAUCUUCCGCACGUCCUCCGGCGCCCACCCCCGCAGGAGCCCCGCCCUCAGCCACAGCAGCCCCGCCUCGCCACUGGUCCGCCCUGCCAGAGGAGUCCCGGGAGGCGGAGCCACGGGGAGUGAAAAGCGUGUGAGCAUGCCUGCAGACUGCACAGACCGGACGUCCUCCCAGGAGUCCUUCAGCAGCGUGCACUCGGACCACCACCACCACCAGUCCCCCGACCAAUCAUCACGCGCCAUCGAGGCCGAGGAGCCGGCUCUCCCCGAGAUGACCACCGUGUACAGCCCCGACUCCGCCUUCAGCGAGGACCCCACGCAGGUACGUCGCCAGACUGACAUGGAGUCUCCCAGUGUGUCUGAGGGCGACAAAGAGUCUUCACGAUCCUUCCUGCUUACCAUCAACCUGAAGGAAGGACACAACUUGGUCAUCCGAGACCGCAGUGGCACCAGCGACCCCUACGUCAAGUUCAAGAUGGACGCUAAAACUAUCUACAAGAGCAAAGUAGUCUUCAAGAACCUCAACCCCACCUGGAGCGAGAACUUCUCCAUCCCCAUCAGGAACCUCAGCCAGAGACUCUACAUCAAGGUGUACGACCGCGACCUGACCACGGACGACUUCAUGGGCUCAGCGAGUGUCCUGCUGAGCAGCCUGGACAUGGACAAGGUCAACGAGCUGGUCCUGCACCUGGACGACCCCAACAGCCUGGAGGAGGACAUGGGCGUGGUCCUGCUGGACAUGACCCUGGUGCACAGAGACGGGGACAGCAGACGAGGACCACGCUGGCAGCAAAUCCGCAAGGGCAGUAGUAGGAGUUCCCGUCUGUCCGAGUCCGUGAGGAGUAGUCAGCUGUGGAGCGCGGUUGCCACGGUGACGGUGGUGGAGGCUCAGGACGUGCCGGCCGAGGCGCACGGCAGCCAGGUGUUUGUGCGCUUCCGCCUGGGCGAGCAGCGCUUCAAGAGCAAGAACCAGUGCGGCUCAUCCCGGCCUCAGUGGAGGGAGCGCUUCACCUUCAACCUGUUCCCGGACCCUCCCAGCGUCCUGGAGGCGGAGCUCUGGUCCAAAGAGGGACGGCGGGCAGAGGAGUGUUUGGGAACGUGCGAGGUGGACCUGGCCGGCGUCCCCUUGGACACCAGACAAGUCUUCACGCUCUCGCUGGACCAGGGCCGAGGGCGCCUGGUCUUCCUGGUCACGCUCAGCGCCUGCAGCGGCGUGACCGUCUCGGACCUCUGCGUCGCACCCCUGGACCUUCCCGGCCAGCGUCAGGACCAGAUGGACAACUACAGUCUUCAACGGUCCCUGAAGAACAUGGCCGACGUGGGCGUCCUUCAAGUCAAGGUCAUCAAGGCGUCGGAUCUGCUGGCGGCGGAUUUGAACGGUAAGAGCGACCCCUUCUGUGUGCUGGAGCUGGUCAACGACCGCCUGCAGACCCACACCAUCUACAAGAACCUCCACCCUGAGUGGAACCAAGUCUUCACCUUUCCGGUCAGAGACGUCCACGAGGUCCUGCUGCUCACCAUCUUUGACGAGGACGGAGACAAAGCUCCAGACUUCCUGGGGAAAGUGGCCCUGCCGCUGCUCUCGAUCCGCGGGGGUCAGCAGGUCACCUUGCCUCUGAAGAAGGACGACCUGGGCGGUCUGACCAAGGGGAGCCUCACGCUGGAGGUGGACCUCCUUUUUAAUCCCGUCCGAGCUAGCAUCAGAACCUUCCAGCCUCGAGAGGGCAAAUUCAUGGAGGAUAAUCCCAAAUUUUCCAAAAAGGCUCUGGCCAGGAACGUCCUGCGUGUGCAGGCGCUGUACCGCGCCAUCACGUCCACGCUGCAGUACGUCAAGAGCUGCUUCCAGUGGGAGAGCGUGCAGAGGAGCCUGCUGGCCUUCCUGGUGUUCCUGGUGACGGUGUGGCACUGGGAGUUCUACAUGCUGCCCCUCAUCCUGGUCCUGCUCGUCUCCUGGAACUACUUCCAGGUCUGCUCCGGCCGCCUCAGUCAGGACCUGGCCAACAUGGACGUGGGCGACGAAGACGAGGAUGAUGAGAAGGAGUCUGAGCGUCGAGGCCUGAUGGAGAAGAUCCACAUGGUCCAAGACAUCAUCAUCAGACUUCAGGUCUUCUUAGACCAGGUGGCCUGCUUGGGAGAAAGGGUUAAGAACACGUUCAACUGGUCCCAACCUUUCCUGUCCAGUCUGGCCUUGCUGCUCUUCGUCAUGGCAACCAUCCUCACCUAUUUCAUCCCAGUGCGCUACAUUGUCCUCGUGUGGGGAAUCCACAAGUUCACCAAGAGACUACGGAGCCCGUACUCCAUCGACAACAACGAGGUUCUGGACUUCCUGAGCAGGGUUCCCUCUGACGUGCAGAAGGUUCAGUACAGCGAGAUGAGAGGCGUCAGGAAGAAGAGGACCACGUAGAAGAAGAGGAGGACCACGUAGAAGAAGAGGAGGACCAUGUAGAAGAAGAGGAGGACCAUGUAGAAGAAGAGGAGGACCACGUGGAAGAAGAGGAGGACCACAUAGAAGAAGAGGAGGACCACAUAGAAGAAGAGGAGGACACUUGCCAGGGUUUCAAGCUAAGUCUGAGGCCCCGCCCACAUGUUUACCUUACAAUUCCAGGUGACUUUGGAACAUUUGUAAAGUACUUUUUUCUCAAGUGUUUUCCAAAGCGAAGACUUUUCUCUGUCUGUAUUUUACAUUGCUUUGACUUUUACUGAGUGCUAAAUAAUGUAACAUAUAUAUAUAUAUAUAUAUAUAUAUAUAUAUAUAUAU